GCAUUUCACUCGCGCGUUGGCCGCUCGCCUGUGUGGAAGUGCCGUGCGGAUUUCGAUUCGAAUAUAUAACUCCCCGGGCCUUACAAACAAAUACAUAAUUAUAGAUAUAUAUACAUAUAUAUGUAUACAAAUAUACAUGAUUUUGCACAGCUAAACGGCAAAUCGAGUUUCUGCACUGUGAAUUAACAAAAGAAAGCGGAAAAAUCGAAGUUAAUCAAGUCCAGUGAAAACGAACUUAGCAAAUAAGCAAAAUCAAAUUCGAGCAAAAUCAAAACCUAACGAAGCGAUAGCUUAGUGAACUUAAACGCAAUAAGCGCGACGCGAAGUGAAAAAUUGUUCAAGUAAACCAAAAUGGCCUGGGGCUAUUGGUCCGCCACGACUGUGGAUCGUGGACGAUCGCCGCGCCGCCUGACGCAAUGUGCACCACUUCCGGUCAACAUAGUGCAGCAGGAGGAGGAGGAGGAGCAGCCCUGCCUGCCGCAACAGCACCAGCAGCAGCAGCAAACGCAGCAGCAACAGCAAUCGCAGACCUGCCCCAGCACACCGUCGGCCAAUCAGCAGGGCAGUGGCAACUUGUGCUACAGCCCCACCUGUCGUUCCCGCUGCUCGAGUCCUUGUCCGGGAUCUCCGUGCGGCUCCAUUACGCCGCCACCUCCGCCGAUGCUCACGUCCUCGCAGCAGCACCUGCAUUCCAAUAAGAAUUGCCCAGCGGCACAGCAACUGAUGACACAUCUGGAUUACGCCGCUCGGAGACAAUCGCUCGACCAGCUGGACAGUCCACAGUCCAAGUACUUUGACAUUCAGGCCAACCAGCUGUCGGACAUCAUGUGCCGCGGAGCGGUGGUCAGUUCCAUUCAGUCGGCGAACAACACGCUGACCCGUGGCGUAUCGAUGCACAGCCGGAGUGGCAGUGCCCAUGGGAGUCACCAUGGCAGCCACCACAGUCACAGUCAUCAUGGCAGUGCCCACGGUUCGCUGGGCUGUUUGCAGGGCGGCGUGGGAGUGGGCGUGGGCACAGGAAGUACGGGCAGCAUUGGCAUGAUGUCGGCCGGACACAUCGACACUGGUGACUACGAUGUGCCGCAUCCGCAUCCGUAUACGCAUCAUUAUAUGCAGACGACGGCAUCGGUGACACCGCCACAUACGUCGCUCAGUCGUCCGGGAUCGGCGGGUGCCGUGUGCCAGGGUCACGACUCCGGAUCGGAUUCCAGUCAGGGCUGCGGCGGAUCCAUCAUGGGCGGCAUGCUGGUCAUGGGUCAUCCGGGGCACAUGGGCAGCUUGGGUCACCACAGCGCCGGCAGCGGAUCGCUGGGCAGGUGCUCGAGCAGAUGUCACAAUACAAACACCACCACGACGGAUGACUCGGGCGGUGGCAGCAGCGGCGGCGGCGGCGGAGGAGUACCGGGCACCAUGAGCAGUGCCUCCAUGGCGGUGGGCAUGCCGGGCAUGCUGAUGGACUACCAUCACAGUCACCACAGCGGCAGUGCCGGGAGUGGUCUGAACGGAUGCGGUGGCGGUAGCAUCGCGGGCGGAAGCAUCGGGGGAAGGAGCAGUGUCCUGGGCACGAUCCACAAUGGACAUGGCCAUCAUCAUCAGCAGUAUCAUCACGAGUGCAUCCACUACGAGCGAUUGCCCAUACCCGUGCCCAUACCCACUGUGCCGAUGGGCGUGGCAGCGUCCUCGCAGCAGAUGUCACAGCACCAGCUUCAAUCGGAGGAGGAGAUCGAGCCGGCCUAUGCGACAGUAUUCCCCAAUGUUCCUCAAGCGCCGGGAUUGUCUUGCGAUGGCGAAGAUCGCAGCAUCUAUCGACGCGGUGCUCGACGCUGGCGGAAGUUGUACCGCGUCAACGGACACAUCUUCCAGGCCAAGCGUUUCAACCGGCGUGCUUUCUGUGCCUACUGCCAGGAUCGAAUCUGGGGUUUGGGCCGUCAGGGUUUCAAGUGCAUCCAGUGCAAGCUGUUGGUGCACAAGAAGUGCCAUAAGCUUGUGCAGAAGCACUGCACCGACCAGCCGGAGCCGCUGGUCAAGGAGCGGGCGGAGGAGUCCAGUGACCCUAUACCGGUGCCUUUGCCGCCACUUCCCUACGAAGCGAUGAGCGGUGGAGCCGAAGCCUGCGAGACGCACGACCAUGCGCACAUAGUGGCGCCACCGCCACCGGAGGAUCCAUUGGAGCCGGGCACUCAGCGCCAGUAUUCGCUGAACGACUUCGAGCUGAUACGGGUCAUCGGACGCGGCAGCUAUGCCAAGGUGCUAAUGGUGGAGCUACGACGCACACGGCGCAUCUACGCCAUGAAGGUGAUCAAGAAGGCUCUGGUCACCGACGACGAGGACAUCGACUGGGUGCAAACGGAGAAGCAUGUGUUCGAGACGGCCUCGAACCAUCCGUUCCUGGUCGGAUUGCACUCGUGCUUCCAGACGCCCUCGCGGCUCUUCUUUGUCAUCGAGUUUGUGCGCGGUGGCGAUUUGAUGUACCACAUGCAGCGGCAACGGCGGCUUCCCGAGGAGCACGCCCGUUUCUAUGCAGCCGAGAUCAGUCUGGCGCUGAAUUUCCUUCACGAGAAGGGCAUCAUUUAUCGCGAUCUGAAGCUGGACAACGUGCUGCUGGAUCACGAGGGCCACAUCAAGCUUACGGAUUACGGCAUGUGUAAGGAGGGCAUUCGACCUGGGGACACCACCUCCACGUUCUGCGGUACACCCAACUACAUUGCCCCUGAGAUCCUGAGGGGCGAGGACUAUGGCUUCUCGGUGGACUGGUGGGCACUAGGCGUUUUGCUCUACGAGAUGUUGGCCGGCCGUAGUCCGUUCGAUCUGGCAGGAGCCUCUGAGAAUCCCGAUCAGAACACUGAGGACUAUCUGUUCCAAGUGAUCCUGGAGAAGACGAUUCGUAUACCACGCUCGCUGAGCGUUCGUGCGGCCUCUGUCUUAAAAGGUUUCCUCAACAAGAAUCCCGCUGACCGUUUGGGCUGCCAUCGGGAGUCCGCGUUCAUGGAUAUCGUCAGCCAUCCCUUCUUUAAGAAUAUGGAUUGGGAAUUGAUAGCUCAAAAGGAGGUGCAACCGCCUUAUAUACCGAACAUAGACACGGGAGAUCCCUAUGUGACAAGCAACUUUGAUGUGCAAUUUACCCAAGAACCGGCUGUACUAACGCCAGAUGAUCCUCAUGUCAUUGACAAUAUCGAUCAAUCCGAAUUCGAGGGCUUUGAGUAUGUGAACCCCUUGCUGAUGUCCCUGGAGGAUUGCGUCUGACACCACGAAAUGUGCGACUUACAUCCGUAUAACAUGCGGCUCUACGGCGAGGAUUCCAGUGAUUACGAUUCCGUGGCUGACGAUUUGAGUCUCCUGCAUUUGAACAGCGCAGCGGGAGCUGGUGGAUCAGUUAGCAGCAAUAACAAUCUCAGCCAGCAGCAACAUUAUCGCCAGCAGCAGCAGCAAUAUCAACCCCAUUCAGCAUACUCACAACAGCAGCAGCAGCAACAUCAGCAGCUGCAGCAACUUCAGCAGCAUCAACACCAGCAGCAACAGCAGCAACAACUUCAUCAUAAUGCACAUGUUUUGCCUUCCAUUGAACUAAUUAAAAUAACGAAUUAGAAAAAACAACAGACAACAACAAUGAGCCACACAGCAACAACAAAAAGCAGAGCAACUAAGAAAAUUAAAAACGAUUCCAAGAAUAUAAAUUUCAUAAUAUACAAUCUAUAUAAUCCUUUCUCAACAAAAGACACACAACUUUCAAAAGCAAAGUAUAUUUAUUAUAUAAAAAGCAAAGGCAAAAGCAAUAGCCGAAGCAAAACAAAACAAAAACUGUCACAAGUUGCAAGUAUUACACUAAACGAUUACUUUACUAUUUAAGCACCUAGGCAGCCAGGCGAACUUUAUGCAAGCAAAAGAUAAACCAUUUCAUAACUCAAUGCAAGACUUUUCACCACGAAACUUAGGGAUAACGAUCCCGCGAGAAUGCAACAAGAACUUUUUAAGCUAACAAUACGUGCAUCAGAUAUGAAAAUAUAUAAUUUUUAAAGGUUUAACACUACAAUGGAGAAAUUUCAUGUUCAUUCUACUAAGCAGGAAACGGUGUGCGGCGUAGGAGGCCGAGUAUGGGAGUAUAUAUUUCAAGUGAAUCAAUCUAUAAUAUCUAAGCAUAUAUAAACUCUAAUGUAAAAUGUGUGUGUGUUAGUAUUAGAGAGCAGAGCAUGGUUUUUAAAGGCGACAGCAAAAGAUCGACAUAUGCAUACGUGUGUACUGUGAACAGCAAUAGUUAAUGAAAACGAAAUACCAAUUGUAACUUCGUAAAUCUAAUUUUUACACAGAGAAGUCGGGGGACGAGGAAAUUCUCUUCAAAAUGCGAACAAAAAAAACAUAUUUAUUUAUUUUAUUCAUUUUCUACUCUGUAUUUUUAACAGCAAGCAAACACAAUCCGUCUACUGGCAAUAUAUCUUUGUUAAGUAUUAAAGAAACUUUUGUUUUUAAUGCAUUCCACUGUACUUACAACAACAAAAUAAUAUAUAUAUUUUUUGUUUAUUUGUGAUGGCAUAUAUAGUGCCAGCAUCUUUUUGUAAACCACAUAUGAAUAUUACGAAAAAUUAUUAAAAUUAGUAUAUAUCAAAAAUAUCAUUGUGUUGCGAAGGUAAAUAAAAUAUUGUGUUUCUAAUUGAAGCUAAAAAUAAAUUUCAGCAACAAUGUUACUUGUUAAUGUAUGAAAAGCAAAUAAAAGAGAACAAAUUAAGCGCAUAUUGUUAAAUUUCCAAAAUACAACGCAAUCUAAGAAAGUAAUAUUGAUCAAAGUUUUUGAUUAAAGAACAUAGCAAGCAAUCAAUUUAAAUGCAAAACAAACAAGACAAACUGAAAAACAAUUUCAAAUUGCACUUAAACGUUACCGAUUUUAUUAGUAACAACCGAUAUUCUUUAGCCUAUCCCAAUUAUUACGUUGUUGUGUUUGAUAACCAAGUUCUAUGAGUAAGUUUAAUUAGUAUAUAAUGAUUUUACUGAGCGUAUACAUCAAUUUGUAUCUUCUUCAACUGAUGUUUCCGACUAAUUUUUUAAACUGGAUGCACUUUUGGCAUAUAUUACCAGAUGCUAGCAAAAUGAAAUUGAAAACGUAAACGAUAGUUGCGUUACAAUUAUGCAUAUAAACAAAAACGAAUAAAGUAUUGUAUAAGACAAA